AUGUCGCGCGUUCGCUAUUCCAUUAACUUGGAAGAAGACUUCGAGUUAUAUGGAAUUGAUCCGAACGAAGACCUCGAUGAUUGGUCCUUUUUGGAUGCCAAACCUGAGCCAAUUCCAGAAAAGACUGAAGAUGAAAAAGAAUUGUUUGAGCAAUUACUAAAACCGACAAUAGAAGCAGACUCUAUAGAUAAAGAGAUACACGAACGAUUAAAAAAUCUUAUAAAUGAAACAUCACAACUAAUUGAUGAAAAUCAAAACGACCCAAUUAUCAAAGAAGCAAAAGCAGACAAAGUUGAAGAGCAAUUACCUGAUACUCCAGAGAAUCUUGAUGAAGAAAGAAAGCGUUUAAGCACUCCAGAAUAUGUUCAAGCAAAUCGUGUCAAGAAUAUUGUUAAAUCAUUACUUAAUACAACAGAAAAAGCGGAAGAUAUUUCACAAUUCAUUGAAGAUAUUACAAAAUCUGAUAGAAUUGAUCCAAAUACAAUUGAAAUUCCAGAAGAUCAUGUAUCUGUACCUGCGGUUAGACUGCUACCUCAAAUCAAAAUCACGCAAGCAGACAUUCCAGAAGAAAAAGAAGAAGAAAAUACCAAGAAAUCAGAUUCAUCAAAACCAUCAUCGAGAAUUAGUAACGAAAAACCUUUAAUUCCAACUACCAAACAAGAAGAACCCCAAAAGAAAUCGUUCUUUGGGCGUUACGUCAAGAAAUUAUCAGAGCCAAAGUCAGUUCUUAAGUCUUUAGACGAAACAGACAGAUUAUCAAACAAAUUCCAAGAAGAAAGGAAGAAAAGAGAAGAAGAAGCAGCGAAAGAAGCAGAAAGGAAACAGAAAGAACUCGAAGAACAAUCGAAACAAUUUUUCGCAACUUUGCAGAAAGAACAAGAAAGAAGAGAAAAGAUGCUUCAACAGAUUUCUCAAUUCCAGAAACAAAUAGCCGAUAAAUUGGCCGAAAUUGUCCCUCAAAAGAAACCAAUCGUUGUUGUUGACUUAAUUACGGAGAAAUUAAAACUCACAAAAACGAAAACGCAUGAAUCAAAGACAUUUAUGUCUAAUGUUAAUAAAUCAUUCCAAAACAAGGUCAAAGAAGCUCUUAAACAGAAAUUACAAAUUAAAAAAUCGAAAUCUCUCAUCAGACUUACAUUAUUCAUCAAGUUAAUGCUAGAAAUAGCAAAACUAAAGAGAGUUAAUAUGGUUAAACAGGCUCUGAAGCUUCACAAAUGGAAGAGGAAAUUUGAUAUCAGAAUGAAGAACAAACUUGCAGAACAGAAGCAAAAGGAAGAGGAAGAGAGAAGAAAGAAGAAGGAAAAGGAGGACAAAAUGAAGCUAGAAAAGGCAAAGAAGGCUUAUGCAGCAUUAAAAUUGCAAUUUUAUGUAAGAAAGUACUUAGCGGUCAAAGCAAAAGAGCAGAUGAUCAAAGAAGAAGCUCUUCGUAAGAAGAAAGAGGAAGAAAUGCGGAAGAGAAGGCUUAUGCAAGAAAGAUUACCUGAUGUUGCUGAUAUUGAUACAUCCUGGAUUAAUAAAUAUGAAGGUGUUAGUGAUAGCGACUUCGAUGAAUUCUUGGAUGGAUUAGCUGACCCUCAACAAAGUUCCCAAUUCGAAGAAAAAGUGACAUCUCUACAAAAAGUGACAGAAGAUAUUGUUUUAGACGCUGGAACAGUACCUGUAUCAUCAGAUUUCGAUGUAGAAAAGCUUGGUGUCCAGAAAUCGAUAAUAGGAGAGCCACAAGAUGAAACAGCUCAAAUGGCAAAGGUUAGAGCUGAAAUUGAGAAGAGAUUAAAGCAGAAAAGGCAAGAAGCGGCCAGGCAAUCAACUAAUUCUACUUCCUCAUCAGCUUCUUCUAAGAGACAAGCUCCUUCUUCCCCUCAACAAACAAAUAAUAAUAAUCCUGCUCCAGAAACUCCUCCACAGCCAACAGAAGACGGAGGAGAUAAUCACCAGCUGGCUCCUGAGACUGUUGCUUUGAUGAGAAGAGCUGCACAGCAUAGAAAACAUAACGGAAGUGGAUCAUCAGGAAGAAGUGGCCAAAUUUCUGCAACAAGACAAAGUGGAGGAACUUCAUGGGCCCCAAGAGCUGCAAUUAUGAGGCAAAACAACACAAGAGCUCAGAGAUUGAAGAAACUUUCAAAGGUUUGGUUCGAAGGACAUAGAAGAGAAGAUGAGAAUGCGGGUAAUGCUCAGUAA